AUGAAGGUUAAUAAGCCCUCCAGAAUUACCACCGCGUGUAAUGCCUGUCGUUCGCGCAAGCAGAAAUGUCAUGACUACAAUCGGCCGUGUGACUGGCCCGAACAGUUGAGGAGGGGGCCCGCAAAGGGAUAUGUGGAAGCAUUGGAGCAUCGGCUACAAGUUACAGAGAGUGUUCUUCUGAGACUGCUCUCCCAGGUCUCUGAUCCCGAGCUGUCCCAUAUCUUCCCCGAAGACUCGCUCCUCGGCGAUACCGGAACGGGCUACGCACCAUUGGCAAGACUCGAGAAGAAAGGCGUGGAAGAGUGGUCCCAGUUUCCUCUUGAUUCGGCAGAAAACAUCCGGAAGUGGCAGCGAGUCAAGGAAGCAAUGGAUCCGGCAGUCCAACCGUUGAGCCUGAAAAUUCUCCCACAGCUCAUAGGGGAGUGA